GUACCUCGGUCCUUGAUCUCUUCUUCUCUCGUGACGACCACAUAGGAAGAUAUUCUCUUCGACGCAUCUACGUUAUGUCAGGCCGGGAAAGACAAUCCAUUUUUCUGCAAUCUUGCAGGCUCCGUCCUCGCGUUUCCGUCACUUCAAACCUCUUCUUUUAACAAUUGACACCUGUUCUCAGCUUGGACACCAAAGACUCACUCUUCGAAGGCGACGAUCAAACAGCUAAUGUCGAUGAGCGAUGGAAGAUAUCCAGCCGGGGACGCAUCGAAACUCUCUAUUUAGCACCCAAACACCGCGCCCUCUCUCUCUCACCACAAUGUCGCUCUGCCCAGGCUACCGCCAAGUCACCCAAUUCGGACCAGACGACUCCUACGAAGAGGAAGAAGAAGAGAUAUUCUACGUCACCCUCGAACUCGGAAAUGUCGAACCGUCUCUCAUUCCAAGUUGUGACAGCUACCAUCUCAUCGGAUUAGAUACUCCGACGCCAUUCCUCCAGCUUGCUGGGACGGUGCUUAAAGGUCGGCACGAAACCUUGCUGGGCACAGAACUGCUGUUCUCAGAAUCCUCUCCUGAUGGUGCAGUAUCCUUCUUGACGAGCACACGGCAGCGUAUCUGCUUCAGAGAGGUGCGACUCGAAGAGAAGGGCAAAGCCAAAGAUAAGGCCGACGUUUGCGCUGACAGACGACAUGCGCUGGAUCGCAUUACUGGAAAACUCGCUCCUCUACCGCGCCGGCGCAGAACUAAAAAGAUGGAGGUCGUACCCGAGGAUUACUGAUGCGAGGUUCUUGUCACGGCUAGUACUUCACAGAAUAUUUUGAAUUCCUACUUGUACAUGCAUCACUUUCGUUCAGUCUACAGCUGCGCAAGUAUUGUCUUUGCAUCUGUAAUGGUGACCUUUCCUGGAUCCUCCUCGACUGCAACCGACGCGACUUCGUGGUUCUUCACAAUCAUGACAUAGCGCUAUGGGCGAACGUCAAUUUCAAGAUUAACAUGAAG